AUGGUUUCCCGCCUGGCCGCUCUCACGUUGCUGCCCCUGGUUGCCAGCUUGCAGCUGCAAUCCAAUAACGGCGAAGCAAUCGGAGCGAGCGAAGCGGAAUUUCGGCAGUUCAUAGCCCAACACCAGAGGACAUAUGUGGUGGGCAGCCAUGAAUACAUCCAGCGGAUGGUCCUUUUCUCGGAUCACCUGCGCCGUGCGGCGGAGCUGAAUGCUCGUCCCAACAAGAGCUGGACGGCGGGGGUGACGCCCCUAGCGGACUAUCUGGCGCAGGAGCUACAGAUGCUCAGGGGAUGGAAGGGCGCCUCUUCGAGUGCAAGCGCAGCAUCCGGACCAAGUCCGAAGCUGAACUUGCUGCAGCAGCAGCAGCAGCCGCCCAGAGAAUGGCUGAAAUGGAGGCAGCUGCAAUCCUUCCAGGAGGUGGCGAACCAGGGCUUCUGUGGCUCCUGUUGGGCCAUGGCGACCACCAAUGUCUUGAAUGCACAUCGAGAGAUCUACCACAACAUCACAGAACAUCUUUCUACACAGGAGCUCUUGAACUGCGUGGCCAAUCCACACAACUGUGGCGGAAGCGGUGGGUGCAGUGGCGCGACCACUGAACUGGCCAUGGCUUACGUUCAACAACACGGCUUGUCGAAAGCUGCGGAUCACCCUUACAGUGGUAAAGCUGAUAUCUGCGGCGCGGGAAAGCGCGGGAGCUCCCUAGUGGAUGGACGUAAAGACCAGUCGGAGGGCUUCAGAAGUCUCAAGAUGCACGGUUGGCAGAAGCUUCCAGAGAACAAGUACGAACCCUUGAAGAUUGCGCUGGUCACUCGUGGCCCUGUGGCUGUGGCGGUGGCGGCCAAGGGCUGGGAGAUGUACGUCAGUGGCAUCUAUUCCGACUGCCAACCGGAUGUUGUGAUCGAUCACGCAGUGACCUUGAUCGCCUACGGUGAGGAUCAGGACUUGAAGAAGAAGUAUUGGACCCUCAUGAACUCAUGGGGAGCUUCUUAUGGUGAAUCCGGUAGCAUCCGCCUGCUUCGGCAAGAUGCCGAAGAGGCCUACUGUGGCAUAGACCGACAGCCACAAGUGGGCACUGGCUGCGAUGGUGGGCCGAAAGACGCUGAGCAGAGAAGUUGA